AUGGCAGCAGCACCACCGCAAGCACCAGCAGCAGCAGCAGCAGAGAAGACAAAGGAAGCAGCAAAGAAUGAAGCACAAACAACUGCAGACACAGCAGCAGCAGCAACUGCAGCAACAGCAGCAGCAACAGCAGCAACAGCAGCAGAAACUGCAGCAAAGGGAGAUACAACACCAACAGCAGCAACAGAGCCUGCAGCAGCAGCAGCAGCAGCAGCAGCAACAGCAACAAGAGCAGGACCAACUGCAACAGAAUCAGCAGCAGCAGCAGCAGAAUCAGCAGCAGCAGCAGCAGCAGCAAAAGGUCUAAGCAGGGAGGAAAUAAUAUCUACAGCAACAGAUCUUUCUUUUGCAUGCAUGCGCUUAGGGGAUUUACAAUUAAUGAAUAAUAGAUUUCAAGAUGCAACACACGACUAUGGAGAAUCAUUAUAUAUUCGUUAUUUAUAUAAAUUAAGAGAAGAAGGAUCAUUAGCAGCAAAUAUUUCCUUAGCACAAUCUUUCUUUUUUACUGGGGAUAUACAACAAGCAUUAAUACUAUUUAAGGAGUGUGCUGCUCUAGCUAAUCGUAUAUAUGAUGGUUUGCUUCCUCUUCCUGAGGGGACAACACUAAAGGCAGUAAAGGAGACAGCAGAGGAUUUAUCUAUACAGAUAGCAGAAAUAGAGCAGCAGCAGCAGCAGCAGCAGCAACAGCAGCAGCAGCAGCAGCAGCAGCAGCAAAGGGUACCAGGUAGUCAAUGUAAUGCUAAGAGUUUAAUACCUACUACUACUUCUUCCUUUGAUGAACCUAAGCUUGCUGCUGCUGGUGCUGCUGUUAAGAAAAUAUAUAUUUCUCCUGCUGCUCCUGCUGCUGCUCCUGCUGCUGCUGCACCUGGUGCUGCUGGUGCUGCUGCUGCACCAUUGCUGCAGCUCGCUGGGCACACGCCUAAGAGACGCAGAAUCGAUUUGCGCUCGCAGCAGCAGCAGCAGCAGCAGCAGCAAGAGCAGCAGGAAGUACAGAAGCCACAGGAAGAAAAGAAGGAGCAGCAGCAACAGCAGCAGCAGCAGCAGCAGCAGCAAAAGGAAGCAACUGCUGCUGAUGCAGGAGACUGCAGCAAAGACACGAAGGAUCACCCUACUGCUGCAGUUGCUGCUGCAGCAGAAGCAACUGCAGCAAAAGUUGCCACAGAAGGCAAGGGCAGCAGCAACAGCAGCAGCACCAGCAGCUCACAAGAAGAACCAGAGAAUAAACCCACACAGUUGUGCUCCCCUGCCCAAGCCUAG